CCAUGUCUCUCACGGUCACAGCCUCCUCCGCCACCGUGUCACCUCCAUGGGAAGUCAUCGUGCUUGUUGCUCACCGCCUUGACGUCAGAAGCCUCGCCGUCGCCUCCUGCGCGUGCAAGUCAUGGUCAAUUUCCAUGUCCUCUGACCAUCUCUGGAAGCCCAUUUGCGACACCCAUUUCCCUUCUAUUUCCAACCUCCAUUUCAUCGCCGACUUCAGCGUUCCAUACCGCCGUCUCUACGCCAUCGGCCACGCCGCUGCCAAGCGCCGCGUCCAGAUGCCCGGCAAUCCCCGGCUUUCCCUCGGCAGCCUCGUCUUCACCAUCAACAUCCUCACCAAAAACUCCCCCGUUGUGACCCUCGCCAAGCCCUGCGAAGAACUGCUCGUCGACCCCAAUGGGGUGUUCAAAUUCGACAUCGACGUGAACUCCGAGUGUAGCUUUGCGGGUUUGGAGGAUGUGAAAAUCACGUGGAAUGUGGUUUUGAGAGGGUGGAGAGGGGUUUUUACGAUGAUGGAUUGCGAGGGGAAGGUGAGUCUUUCUCCCGGGUCCGAGGGGUGGUUCUCGGAGGAGCUUCCGUCGCCGGGAUGUUGCUCUUGCGCGGCGGCGGUGAGCGGAAUGGUGGCUGAUUUGAAGAUGGGGUUUUGUAGGAAGAGAGAGAGGGGUGGUCGGAAGGUUAAGGGUAGCAAGCAGGUGAGUGUGGGGAUUUUGAGUAUUGUGAAUUGGAGGUAUGUAACUGUGGAUGAUGGUCUAAGGUACCUGCAGCAUUUUCUUCUUCCUUGUGAUGUGUAA